AGCACAGCUGAUCGUUCAACGAUAAGCUAUCGACAACACCAAAUUCAACACAAACGACAUCAACGUUUUUUAGUUAUAUUUCGUUAUUUUUGCGCGACGGUUACAUUCGGUUUGGCUCUGACCUUUGCCAUAUUGAUAUACAAAACAAUGGGAUGGUUCAUAGCGGUAUUCAUAGCUCUCAUUGCUGCGCUAUUGACUCGGCCAGGCUGGCGUUGGUUUUACAUAGCGGGAGCAACAGUCAACCGAGACUUAACAGCUCUCUGGGCAUACAUCAAGCUGUUGCGUUAUACCAAACGUCACGAGCGUCUUAAUUACACAGUUGCCGAUGUUUUUGAACGCAAUGUUCGAGCCCAUCCCGAUAAAGUGGCCAUCGUGAGUGAGACACAAAAAUGGACAUUCCGUCAGGUGAACGAGCAUUCCAAUAAAAUUGCCAAUGUCUUGCAAGCCCAAGGCUAUCAGAAAGGAGAUGUUGUCGGUUUACUACUCGAGAAUCGUGCUGAAUAUGUUGCCACUUGGUUGGGUCUAUCGAAAAUUGGUGUCAUCACACCAUUAAUCAAUACAAAUCUACGUGGUCCUUCCCUGCUGCACAGCAUCACGGUGGCCCAUUGUACGGCUUUGAUUUAUGGAGAAGAUUUCAUUGAAGCCAUUGGAGAUAUAACCAAAGAUUUGCCCACUAAUAUAACCCUCUAUCAAUUCAACAACGAGAACAACAACAGUGAGGUAAAGCCAUCCACGGGUGAAGGAGAUGCCAAGAAGCAAGUAAAGAAUUUGAAUGAACUUUUGGUCGCCGCCAGUACAGAGAAACCAAAUAAGUCGAAUGUUAAUCAUCAUGAUAAAUUGGUUUAUAUCUAUACAUCGGGCACAACGGGUUUACCCAAAGCUGCUGUUAUCUCUCAUUCACGUUAUCUCUUCAUAGCCGCUGGCAUUCAUUAUACCAUGGGAUUCCAAGAUGAUGAUAUUUUCUAUACACCUUUGCCUCUCUACCAUACAGCUGGUGGUAUUAUGUGCAUGGGUCAAUCUAUACUCUUUGGUUCCACCGUCUCCAUACGCAAGAAGUUCUCGGCUUCCAAUUAUUUCGCUGAUUGUAAUAAGUAUAAUGCCACGAUUGGUCAAUAUAUUGGUGAAAUGGCUCGCUAUAUUCUGGCUACCAAACCCUCGGAAUAUGAUCAAAAGCAUCGUGUCCGCUUGGUCUUUGGCAAUGGUUUGCGCCCUCAGAUUUGGCCACAGUUUGUGGAGCGUUUCAAUAUUGCUAAAGUGGGUGAAUUCUAUGGUGCCACCGAGGGAAAUGCCAACAUUAUGAAUCAUGACAACACGGUGGGAGCUAUUGGUUUCGUAUCGCGCAUAUUGCCUCAGAUCUAUCCCAUAUCGAUAAUACGCGCUGAUCCCGACACCGGUGAACCAAUCCGAAACGCCAAUGGUCUAUGUCAAUUGUGUAAACCAAAUGAACCUGGUGUGUUUAUUGGUAAAAUCGUGAAAGGCAAUCCAUCACGUGAAUUUCUGGGCUAUGUCGAUGAGAAGGCCUCAGCGAAAAAGGUGGUCAAAGAUGUUUUCAAACACGGCGAUAUGGCUUUCCUAUCGGGUGAUCUUCUGGUAGCCGAUGAGAAGGGUUAUUUGUAUUUCAAGGAUCGUACCGGUGACACUUUCCGUUGGAAGGGAGAGAACGUCUCUACCAGUGAAGUGGAGGCUCAAGUAAGCAACGUGGCCGGCUACAAGGAUACAGUCGUCUAUGGCGUCAAUAUACCACAUACCGAAGGACGUGCUGGCAUGGCUGCCAUCUAUGAUCCACAGCGAGAAAUCGAUCUGAAUGAAUUUGCUAUAAAACUAUCAAAAGUUUUGCCCGCAUAUGCGAAACCGCAAUUCAUUCGAUUGCUUACCAAAGUUGAUUUAACCGGCACCUUCAAGUUACGCAAAGUUGAUCUGCAAAAGGAGGGCUAUGAUCCAAAUGCGAUUAAGGAUUCAUUGUACUAUCAAACGUCGAAGGGACGUUAUGAAUUGCUUACACCAGAAGCCUAUGAUCAAAUUCAACGCAAUGAAUUGCGCUUCUAAAUGAAAACGAAGAGACCGACCGAGAGAAAAAGUAAAUGUUUUCUUUUUGCCCCCAUAAUAUGCUGUUAAUUAAUUUUUAAGGUCUGAGAUUGUGAGAUGAGUUAGUUAUUUAGAGACACUAGACACACAUCCGUAGGCUAGUGAUCACCCAAGCACUUUAUUUUUACAUGACAACAACAAAAAAAAAAAACAAAACUUUUAGUUGGUAAU